AUGAUUCCUCGAGCCCUCCAAGGAUUAUAUUUUUUAUGCGAACCCAUUGCAGAUGGUACUUUCGGCAGAUUAUAUCUUGCUAUUCACAUUCUUACGCGGCAACAAGUCGCAAUUAAAGUCAUUGAUAAAAGAAAAUUAACAGGUGAACUUCAUCGUGUGCGUUGUGAAAUUGAGGCUCUCAAGCGUUUAUCUCAUCCUAAUAUUUACUCACUUUAUCAUGUUAUUGAAACAGACGGCGCAUUCUAUCUUGUACUAGAGUAUGUUCCUGGAGGCGAACUUUUUGAUUACAUUUUGCACAACGGAAAUUUGGAGGAGUCGCAUGCACGCAUUCUUUUUCGACAACUUGUUUCCGCAAUCUGUUACUCACAUUCCAAGGGAAUAGCACAUCGAGAUCUCAAACCAGAAAAUAUCCUUCUUAAAGAUGAUUACUCUAUUCGAGUCAUUGAUUUUGGUCUUUGUGCAAAGAAUGCCGAUAGCAAAUAUUUAAACACCUUUUGUGGAUCAUUAGCUUACGCAGCACCAGAAGUUCUUCAAAAUCAUGAAUACAGUGGCCCUGCUGCUGAUAUUUGGUCUAUGGGAGUCAUUCUCUACGCCAUGCUUAUGGGGUGCUUACCAUUCGAUCCGUCAAAACCGGAAAAGCUAACAAAGCUAAUUGUGAAGGGAAAUUACUCUGUCGACGAAACGCUUAGUAAAAGCAGUCAAGAUCUUUUGGCUCGCAUGCUGUGCGUUGAUCCACAAUCACGAAUUGGUAUGGAGGAGCUCUGCAAGCACCCGUGGGUACUUGAAGAGGGGGAGAGCCCAAUUUUAUUCCCCUCCGAUCCCACGAAAAAGAACCCACAAUCUCUCUCCAACUUGAACCAUGAAAUUGUGCGAGAAAUUGCAAUGUAUACACGAAUUCCCCAAGUUGAGAUGAAUAGAAUGCUGAGACGAGUGAGUUGA